AUGUCAGAGCCAGUAAAAGAACAACAAGCUGUAGCACCUGCCCAACCAGCAGCAGCUGCACAAGCUAAACAAUCACAACCAAAAAAGGAAAAAGCACCAAAGAAGGAAAAGGUACCAUUAGUAUUGGCUAACCCCGAAUACUUGCAAGAACGUAUCAAGGUAUGGGAAGGUCUCAAGGCCAAGCACUUGGAGGAGCUUGCAAAGUUGCCCGAGGUGCCCAUCUCGAUCACUUUACCAGACGGCAAGGUCGUCCCCGGUUUCAAGGGUAAGACUACCCCAUACGAUGUCGCAAAGUCGAUCAGCCGUGGUUUGGCCGACUCUAUCGUGUCGUCGAUUGUCAACGAUCAAGUACACGAUAUCUCACGUCCCCUCGAAGGUGACUGCAACCUCAGUCUUUGCAAGUUUGACAGUGAGGCUGGUAAAAAGACCUUUUGGCACUCGUCUGCCCACGUCCUCGGUCAAGCCUUGGAACUUGUCUAUGGUGGACAACUCUGUAUUGGUCCAGCCACUCAAGACGGUUUCUACUAUGAUAUGGCUACUGGCGACAAGCUCGUCUCGUCCGAAGACUAUGAAAUCAUUCAAGAAGUAGUCAACAAGAUCGUUGCCGAAAAGCAGCCAUUCGAGCGUUUGGCCGUACCACGUGACCUCGCUCUCGAGAUGUUCAAGUACAACAAAUACAAGACUGAAAUCAUCUCCAAGAUCCCCGCCGAAGACACUGUCUCUCUCUACCGUUGCGGUACCUUGGUCGAUCUCUGUCGUGGUCCACAUCUCCCCAACACCUCAUACAUCAAGGCAUUCAAGGUUGUCAAAAACUCGUCUGCCUACUGGCUCGGCAAGGCUGAAAACGAUCCAUUGCAACGAGUCUAUGGUAUCGCCUUCCCAGACAAGAAGCAAAUGGAAGAAUACAACAAGUUUAUGGAAGAAGCUGCCAAACGUGACCACAGAAACGUCGGCAAGGCUCAAGAACUCUUCUUCUUCCAUCCAUACUCUCCAGGUUGUACCUUUUUCUUACCACAUGGUACUAGAAUCUAUAACAAAUUGGUUGAAUUUAUUAGAUUUGAAUAUCAUAGAAGAGGAUUUAGUGAAGUUAUUACUCCAACUAUGUUUUCUCAAUCACUUUGGGAACAAAGUGGUCAUUGGGCCAAAUACUCUGAGAAUAUGUUCCCAGUCAAGUGUGACAAUUCAAACUAUUCAAUGAAGCCAAUGAACUGUCCAGGACAUUGUUUGAUGUUUGCCAGUCGUUCACGUUCGUAUCGUGAGUUGCCAAUUCGUUUCGCCGACUUUGGUGUACUCCAUCGUAACGAGAUGGCCGGUGCUUUGACUGGUUUGACCCGUGUCAGAAAGUUCCAACAAGACGAUGCCCACAUUUUCUGUACCCUCGCCCAAACCGAAACCGAGAUCAAGUCGUGCUUGGAGUUUAUGCAACACGUCUAUGGUAUCUUUGGAUUCGAGUUUUCUUUGGAAUUGUCCACCCGUCCCGAGAACCGUCUCGGCUCUGAUGAGAUGUGGGACAAGGCUGAAAAAUCUUUGGAAGUCGCUCUCACCAACUUUGGCAAGCCAUGGAAGUUGAACCCUGGAGAUGGUGCCUUUUACGGACCCAAGAUCGACAUUCAUAUCACCGAUGUCUUGAAGCGUUCGCAUCAAUGUGCCACCAUCCAAUUGGACUUCCAGUUGCCAAUCCGUUUCGAGCUCGAGUACAUGACCGACAAGGCCGAGGAUUUGCAACGUCCAGUCAUCAUCCAUCGUGCUAUCCUCGGUUCCGUCGAGCGUAUGAUGGCCAUCUUGAUCGAACACACCGGUGGCAAAUGGCCAUUCUGGGUGUCCCCACGUCAAGCCAUCAUCGUGCCAGUCUCCCAACAAUUCAACGAAUACGCCGACCAAUUGCAAAAGAAGAUCGUCGAUGCCGGUUUCUACUGCGAUGUCGAUGGCUCUGACAAGACCCUCCCCAAGAAGGUCCGUGAAGCUCAAUUGGCCCAAUACAACUACAUCCUCGUUGUUGGUCAAAAGGAAAAGGACGAAAACACCGUCGGUGUCAGAACCCGUGACAACGUCGUUCGUGAUGCUAUCUCCUUGGAUGCUCUACUUGCUGAAUUUGAUCAAAAUAAUAAGGAUUUCAAAUAA